AUGGUACUUCCAGCUGAGAUUCCAGCCAGAAAUGGUGUAGCUGAAAACAUGUUGGUUAACUGUUAUUACUCGCCGUCUCGAUUCCAGGCGCAGGCCGAUGCCAUAAAUCUCAUCUGCGGUGCCAAGACUCAGUCGAAUCCGGAGAAUACCGUCGGAGUGUUGACGAUGGGCGGCAAGGGGGUUAGGGUUUUGGUCACUCCUACUGGCGAUCUUGGAAAGAUACUCGCUUGCAUGCAUGGUUUGGAAGUUGGUGGUGAUAUGAACCUCACUGCAGGGAUCCAGGUUGCUCAGUUGGCUCUUAAACACCGGCAAAAUAAGAAUCAGCAACAGCGGAUCAUAGUUUUUUCUGGAAGCCCAGUUAAAUAUGAGAAGAAGACUCUGGAGACAAUUGGAAAAAAGUUAAAGAAGAACAGCGUCUCACUGGAUGUUGUGGAUUUUGGAGAAGCUGAAGAUGGAAAAUCUGAAAAGCUGGAGUCUCUUGUUGCGGCUGUAAACAACAAUGGUAGUAGUCACAUUGUUCAUGUUCCUGCUGGCCCAAGUACACUUUCGGAUGCACUUAUAAGUACGCCCAUUUUUACGGGCGAUGAGGAUGGAGGAAGCGGUUUUGCUGCUGCAGCUGCGGCAGGCGUGUCUGGCUAUGAUUUUGGCGUGGAUCCUAAUAUAGACCCUGAGCUUGCUCUUGCUCUUAGAGUUUCGAUGGAAGAAGAGAGGGCAAGGCAAGAAGCAGCCGCGAAAAAGGCUGCUGAGGAUGCUACUAAAGAAAAAGGAGCAGACCAGGCUUCAACUUCUCAUGAUGCAACUAUGGCUGAGCCUGCUAGUAGUUCAGCUGUUGCAGCUGAUGAAAAAAGACAUGAUCUAAUGGAUGAUGAGAGCGCCUUUUUAGAGCAGGCUCUUGCUCUGUCCAUGGAUGAUGCCAGAUCAGGUGGUGCAACUGUUGCAGAUGCUGACAUGUCAGAUGCUACUACAGAUGACCAGGAGUUGGCUUUUGCUCUUCGAAUGUCUGCGCAGGAGAAUGCAAAGGAUUCAUCAACUCAUUCUGGUGUGAGCAAGGUUUUGGAGGACCAGUCAUUUGUUUCUUCCAUCCUUAAUUCGCUUCCUGGCGUUGAUCCAAAUGAUCCUUCUGUGAAAGAUUUGUUGGCAUCAUUGCAAGGCCAAUCUGAGGAAAAGAAAAAUGAAGAUAACCAAGAAAAUAAGGGCGAUAAAUGAUUGGUGCUUUGAUUCUGCUCGUGCCUGCUUGUUCUCCAUGGUGAGAUUUGGUGCUCAAUACUCAUUAUGUAUUUCAUGAAUAUUUCUACAUUUGAGCUGGAUCUCAGUUGGAGUAGUGAUAUUUCUGUUCUGAAUGAAUAUUAGAAAAGAUUUCUACUAGCUGUAUUUCUUCCGUGAUAUUCUCCAUCCCAAUCAUUUCAUGAUUCUACACUGUCAUACUGAGGCCUAUACUCCAUCUGUAUUCUGAAAUCCUGUUACUUCUGACAUCCAAUGCAACACAUGUUGAGGGUGGAUC